AUGAUUCAUAUGAUAAACACAUUUCUUUAUUACUUCUACACAAUUACUGAUUUACCCUGUCUCUUUGUUCCGCACCCUGUUCACAGCUCGAGUCAGCUGAAACGUCUUCGAUUUGCAUGUUGCCAUAAUAUAUCAAGUGAAGGUUUGAUUGAAGCAGUUAAAAAACUGCCGUUACUGGAGGAGCUUCAUCUCUACUACACCUCAAUUACCAAAGAAGCUAUUGAAGCUGUGGGACAAAGUUGCCCUCGUCUGAAGUCAUUCAAAUUGAACAAGGCAGGGUGCACACGCUUUCACAUAUCUGGCGAUAAGGACGCACUAGCUAUUGCAGAAAACAUGCCUGAAUUACGCCACCUUCAGCUCUUUGGAAAUAAGAUGACAAAUGAUGGCCUGCAGGCCAUUCUUGAUGGUUGUCCUCAACUGGAAUCCCUUGAUCUGCGAUUAUGUUUCAACGUUAAUCUUGCAGGGAGUUUAGGAAGAAGAUGUUCUGAGCAGAUUAAAGAUCUGAGGCAUCCUGAUGACUCUACUGAGGACUAUGGAUUUUAUGCUGAAAUUAGUGAAUGUGAAUCGUGUGAUGAGUAUCCAUCUGGGUUUUCUGACAUUGACAAUUUGUCUGAUUACGAUGAGUAUAAUGAUUUUUCUGGUGGCAGCAUCGACUUUUCUGACAAUGAGGGGAUCUUUUGAUAUUAAUAGUUUGUUGGGUUUGAAAUCUAUUGACGGUUGAGACUGGUUGCUGUCUGCAAGAGCAUAAUGGGCAUAAUAUGUUGUUUUCCGGAAGUGGAUAUAGCUGAAAUGGCGUUGUCAAUGCUGUUGAUGGAACUUGCGUUUUUUACUUCUCUGCUCCCCCCACGCCCCCUCGCUCUACUGAGGGCCAACUCUGAAUUAAAGUUGAUCUUCAAAUAUUUUUUGUUGAUGAUAUUUAUUCGGCCUUGCUGUUCAUUUAUCUGGCUAUUUUGGGUAACUCUGUUAUACGUCUAUUUUCUUUACAUUCCGAACAAAGUUUCAAGGGGUGGAUUGGAUUUGUUUUCCCAUUGAAUUUACACUGGUGGACUUGAAAUGUUGGAUAAGGAUUCUUUUUGUUUUUUGGGUCUUCAUUCUGAAAUUUCAGAAUAGUAAC